UUCAGGAGAAUGGCAGAGCCUCAUGGUUUGGUGGAGAGAUUGGAGAAAGCAGUGACUCGGCUCGAAUCGUUAUUCUCAGGUUCGCACAGAGCUGCUGGAAUGGAGUGUGAUGCAGUCAACGGUGUCAAUGGAAGCAUAGCACCAUAUGUUGAAGCCUUUGAUAGGCUGCUGAAUGGGAGUGUUGCUGAGUUUCUCAGGUACAGCAAGAUUCUCGAAGGUGACGUCAAGACACACGCAGAGAUGGUCCGUGCUGCUUUCCAAGCCCAGAGAUCUUUCCUGGUGUUAGCAUCUCAGUGUCAAGAGCCUCAAGAGAAUGAGGUAGCAAUGCUUCUCAAACCAAUAUCAGAGAAGAUUCAGGAAAUCCAGAACUUCAGAGAAAGGAACAGAGGAAGCAAGAUGUUCAACCACCUCUCGGCUGUCAGUGAGAGCAUCCCUGCGCUUGGCUGGAUAGCAGUGUCUCCCAAACCAGGCCCUUAUGUCAAGGAGAUGAAUGAUGCUGCUACCUUUUAUACUAACAGGGUAUUAAAGGACUACAAGCACAGUGAUGAACGCCAUGUCGACUGGGUGAAGGCAUAUCUGAAUAUCUGGUCUGAGCUUCAAGCCUAUAUCAAGGAGCACCAUACCACAGGUCUCACCUGGAGCAAAACUGGUCCUGUCGCUUCGUCCAUGUCUAUGCGAUCCGUUCUAAGCAGCGGGCCAGGUCUUUCCCCCCCGCCACCCCCACCUCCUCCACCAGGACCUCCUCCCAUCCUGGACACAGAAACCACGAAGGAGGAGGGGACUGCAUCUCGCUCAGCCCUAUUUGCACAGCUAAACCAGGGAGAGGCAAUUACCAAAGGGCUUCGACAUGUCUCUGAUGACCAGAAGACUCACAAGAACCCCAGCCUCCGUGCCCAGUGUCCGCCGGUUCCCUCUCCCACGAAAAGCCAUACUCCAAGUCCCACCUCUCCCAAGAGUUCCCCUCAGCAGAGCCAUGCCCCUGUCUUAGAGCUAGAGGGAAAGAAGUGGAGAGUGGAAUAUCAAGAGGAUAAGAAUGACCUGGUUAUUACCAACACUGAACUCAAGCAAGUGGCCUACAUUUUUAAGUGUAGCAAAUCUACACUUCAGAUAAAAGGAAAAAUCAAUUCAAUUACUAUUGACAACUGUAAAAAGUUUGGCCUUGUGUUUGACAACGUUGUGGGAAUCGUGGAAGUGAUCAAUUCAAAGGAUAUUCAAAUCCAGGUGAUGGGAAAAGUGCCAACCAUUUCCAUUAACAAAACUGAAGGCUGCCACAUCUACCUCAGUGAGGAAUCCUUAGAUUGUGAGAUUGUGAGUGCCAAGUCAUCCGAAAUGAACAUCCUCAUCCCUCAAGAGGGCGAUUACAAAGAAUUUCCGGUUCCUGAACAGUUCAAGACAGCAUGGGAUGGAUCUAAGUUGGUCACUGAACCUGCAGAGAUUGUGGGUUAACCUCCUAAUGCCAUACGAUACGUGCUGACCACAGCCAGCAUAAGCAAAGCAGUAAAGAGCUACCAGUCGCAGUAGCUCAUACUGCUGUGAUAAGCCUGCAAGCAGUAGCUCUGCAUGCUAGAAACAGUAACACGUCUGGCACGCUUUUCUUAGGCAUCCCAGUAUUCCUCGAGUUUCCACACAGUUUGCCUUCACUUACGGUUUUGAUUCUAAAUGAUGUCCUGUGAAUGUAAUGGAUUAUACCUCCUACCCUCCAGUCCAUCAUUGGCUUGAAACACUGUAGAGGUUAAGCCAAAAUACUGCAUGAUACUUUUUAUUAUCAUAUGGCUUCAGUGCAUUCCCUUUUAUGUUUCUGCUAGUCAAAAACAGUAUUAAGACUUCAAUGUUUAUUUUUACCUUUAGGCAAUUCCGUUAUGAAGCAGAAAAAAUGUACUCUCAGAAAGUGUGCAAUUCCUUGUAGUUCUGUGGCAAUCAUAAUGGAUUUUGUUUCAAACAAGCAAAAAGGACAACUUUCAGCAAUACAUUUUGCUAACAGAAAAUAAUUAAACAAAAAUCCAGGAUUUUAAUCAAACAUUUUUCUAGCAUGUAUAUUUAGAAGAUCCCUAAGUUUUCGUGAGAUAACAUUUUAUUACAGUCUAUGCAGACUUGCUCUUAUUUCUUGUAAAUUCACAAUUCUCCUUAAGAUAAAACCUUACCUAAGCCAAAACU